CUGAUAUGUUCGAAUUUUCAAAACUUUUUAAUUGAUGUAUUUUGUUGAGGAUUGUGUUCUAUUCGGCGAAAUGAAUGGUAAACUUCAAUAUUUUCUUAAUCAAAUAAGGAAAUUUACUUUUAAAACGUUAUCAGAUAGAAAUGAAAUCAAGCCAUUACUUAAGGAAGAAUUUGACAAUUAUCCGCAAAUUAAUAACGAAAAACAACACUUUACAUUCGAUCAUCGUAUUAAUGGAGAAGAAAGCGUACGAAUGGAAGAUGAAGGAAGAAAAUUUUCUAAUUUUGAGAAAAGAAAUGCUCGUAAAAAAGAAAAUUUUGAUUUGGGCAUUAAUUCAAGUAAAGAAUCAAAAACUACGGUUAUGUCCGAAAUUGAUUCGACUGAUAUUAGCAAUAAAACAGACGUAAGCUUUGAGUUUGAGAAUAUGAAUCAAGAAGCUAACAUUCUUUAUGAACGAAAUCAAAAUAAAUUCCCUUCGGGAUUUGACUUAACUUGUUAACAAGAAUGCCGAGAGAAAGUGGAUAUACGGCUGGUUUCAAUGUCAGUUAGACAGGAAUUUGAUCCGCAAAUUAUGUCUUCAAUUCGCUGGCUAAUCUUAUUGUGUUAAAUUUAUGCAUAUAAAAUAUUGCUGCAAAACUAAUAUCACGAAAGUAUUAUGUGAAGAAAUGUGUUGAUAGAAAAACAAGAUAAAAAAUAAAGUAAAAACGAAAUUUGUCAUAAAAAGUUUGAAACAUAGAAAUGCAUUAAAAGUUUAUUUAAGAUAUUAACUAUAACUACUAUACUGUCAUUCCCUAAAGGGGUGGCCAAGAAAAAAGUGUCUUUCCUGUGCAUAACACCCUGCAAGCUUCAGUCCUCCGAGGAACAUCAUAUGGACAGGACAUAGCAUACCAAGAACACACCCAACUUUCACACAAUCUUGACAAUCUUGCGCCAUUUCUGUCUAUCCGUACGUGCCUCUUUUGCUUCUUUCACAUUUAUGACUUUUUUCAGACAGUCGGCGCCUUCUUUCACUUAGAAUCUGUUUCUCUUUCAGAUACUCUUCCACUUGCUCAGCCCAUCUUUUCUUCGGUCUUCAAUGCCCUCUCUUUUCCUCCAUAUUUUUCCACAUACAACUUCAUACACACCUUAUACAUUCUCUCUACGUGGCCAAACCAACGCAGACAUCUUUGACGUACUCGUUCAAUCGCAUUCUCUUUCACAUCGCACUACACAACACAUCCUCGUUACUCUCCAGAUCUCUUCUUGUCACACUACAUAUACACCUCAGAUAUUUCAUCUCAGCUGCAAUCACUCUGCUCUCAUGCUUCGUUCUCCACAUCCAUGCCUCACAACCAUACAAUAGAGUUGGAGGAUCACACCCUUGUACACAGUCAUAUCUGCCUUCUUCGGAAACAUAUUCUUACGAACCAAUCGUGCUGUGCCCCCAUCCACUUUCAUACAAGCAUUCCCUCGUCUUCCAAUCUCCCUAUUUAUUUUGCCAUUUCUCCCCAAGAUGCUCCCUAACCUGCUUUAUUGUCACGGCAUUCAACUGUAACUUGCACUCACUCAUUUGUACUUCUUUCAUAAAACGUAAAGCAUAUUUAUAGGCUUAUAUGCUUAAAACGUAAAGUAUAUUUAUAGGCCUAUAUGCUUAAAAAACAUUAUGUACGGAUUAAUAUCAUAUUUACAUUGUAAUAAAAUGUACAGUACUUAUAGCUCUAGAGGAGAAAAAUGUCUGACUGCUCUAUUCACAACCAACGAUCAAGAGUUAGAAAUUAACCAACUACCAUUCACCUUAUUUUUAGUACGUGAAUUAGUUAACUUUCAACUCUAACUCUUGAUCCUUACUUGUGAAUACGGUCAUGAGUAUGAAUCCUCAAAUUCGACUGGAUCAUCAUCUGUCUUUGGAUUCGUUCCAGGUUUGUUUAAUUAUUGUACGAUAUAUCGGCCUAAUUAUUGCUAAUAAAACUGCAGCAACGCUGCAUUAAUUCCUCUUUUUAAUAAACAACUCCAUUCCAAAUUAUGAUCAAGUCGUUUAACUUCUACCGAUAAUCUACCAAUCUCAUCUAGAAUUUCCUACAGGUCGUCGGUUUCUAUGGACCUGUAUAAAACGAAAUAUUUCUUGUACUUAUCACUAUUAUUUCUGAAUCACUUCUGUAGCUUGAUCUUCCAAUUUCUUAUUUAUUAUCCAAUUGAUUGUCACAAGUAACGAGGGAAUUUUAGAGAAUUUCCAAUCAUGAUAUUAUCUUGAAAAAAUUUUAAAAUAUAUAAAACGGUGUUAACAACGUUAUAGAUGCGCAACCAAAAUCCGCCUUAAAUAAAUAGCGGAUUUAUAGUCCGAUUAUUUAAAACAGUGAUUCUUAACCAGUGUUCCGCAAACCUACCUCAAGUGU